AUGGAACUGCACCAGGGAAGUGAGGAAGAAGCCGCUGAUACUGAACAAGCUGAAAACUGGUUCUCAUUGACAUCCGCACAAUGGAUAUGUGAUAUGUUUCUUGCUCUAGAUAAAGUUUUGAAUGGGACAUCGAGCAAGCAGGAGCUUCGAGAAUAUGCAGAUGGUACAUUGACAGAAAUAUUCAUGGAGCAGGCAUUUGAUAAACAUGUUCGGCGUGGCAAAAAUGGUGGUGGUGGUGGUAAUGCAUGGGAGAUGGAUUUUGAAAGUUUCCUUGACUUUGUUUUGGCUCUAGAAAACAAAGAUACACCGGGAGGAUUGACAUAUUUGUUUCGGUGUCUUGAUCUCCAUGGAAGAGGGUACCUUACAACAGGUGAUAUCCACACACUUUUCAGAGAUGUACGUCAAAAAUGGAACGAGGGAGGGAACUACAAGCAGUGCAUUGAGGACGUAAGAGAUGAGAUAUCGAGAUUCCUUAAAUUGCAUUUGCAGAGAGCACAACAGUACAUGGAGUUGGCCUACGACCGCAAUCACCAAGAGCUUGAAUUGGCAGUUGGGGAUUGGGUCUAUUUGAAGCUCCAGCCUUACCGGCAAGCUUCAGUAGCCCGACGAGUUUGGUAG